ACGUUUGGGGAAUGAAGAAAAAAGGUCUGGUUUCUAACAUGGAACAAAACAGAACAAAGUUACAGUCAUCUAAAUGAGGAAUGCAGAAAGUCGGAGGGGUCCAUGAACGCACCGUUGAGUGACACUCCAGCAGCCUAAUCCAGAGAGUGAGGAUGCGGAGCGGCGCUCUGGGUCGAUUCAGCGACCUUUAACUUCUAAUUUCAGGGCAGACUGGAGAAACCCCGCCGAACUUUGUCCCUGAACGCUCCGAGUCCCACAUUUUCAGUGCCAGCUGUGGGUUUCAUCGGCACCGUCUUCCUCCCGAACCGGACUUUAGUAGACGUUACGUGGGGACAAUGGAAUCCAACAUUAUCCCGGACAGUAUCCGCCCUCAGAGGCUGCAGCCGGGGAUUGGCUUCGGAUCGGGACCGACGGGGACCCUCCGCUCCUCCUCUCUCCGACCCGGAGUCACGGUCCCGGUCGCGCCGCUACUCCCCUCCCCGGCCUCGCUGUCCGCUUCGUCCGGGCCUCCUCCUCCUCCGCCGCCGCUGCAGCUCCACAGCCUGUACGGAGGAGUGGGAGCGGGGCUGGGGCCGGGGGCCGGCGGCCACUGCAACCCGGGGAACCCGGCGGUGCUGAAGGAGGCGGUGGAGGCGGUGGUCCGCAGCUUCGCCAAACACACGCAGGGCUACGGCAGAGUGAACGUGGUGGAAGCUCUGCAGGAGUUCUGGCAAAUGAAGCUGACCAGGGGGGCCGACUUGAGGAACGGAGCUCUGGUCGUUUACGAAAUGGUCCCGUCAAACAGCCCGCCGUACGUCUGCUACGUCAGCCUUCCGGGCGGCAGCUGCUUCGGGAGCUUCCAGUUCUGUCCAACCAAGGCGGAGGCGAGGCGCAGCGCCGCCAAGAUCGCCCUCAUGAACUCGGUCUUUAACGAGCACCCUUCCCGCCGGAUUACAGACGACUUUAUCGAGAAGAGCGUGAAUGAAGCGCUGGCCUCCUUCAACGGGAACCGAGAAGAGGCCGAUAAUCCCAACACUGGGAUCGGGGCGUUCCGCUUCAUGCUGGAGUCCAACAAAGGAAAAUCCAUGCUGGAGUUCCAGGAGCUGAUGACUGUGUUCCAGCUGCUGCACUGGAACGGGAGCCUCAAAGCCAUGAGAGAGCGACAGUGUUCCCGACAGGAGGUGCUGGCUCACUACUCCCACCGGGCCCUGGACGACGACAUGCGCACCCAGAUGGCGGCGGACUGGGUGAACCGGGAGCAGAGCGUGGCGGGAACCAUCGCUCAGGAGCUGGCCUCGACGGAGCGGGAGCUGGAGGACGCCAGGCUGGCGGGCAGAGAACUGCGGUUUUACAAAGAAAAGAAGGACAUCCUGAUGCUGGCUGUGGGUCAGCUCAGCGCCGCCAACGCCGCCACUCUGCCCUCGCACUAAAACGCACCCCCUGCCCCCCCCCUCCCCCCCACCUAGCCACGGCGAAGGAUCCCUGGUAACAGUGUUGAUCACUUUCUAAGAUGUGUUUUGUAACGAGGAUCAGGAAAUCGUGCUUCAGCUCAUGCUUUGUUUAUGAAAGAAAACACUUGUUACUGAACUCGUUGUGCCUAGUAACCGCAGGAUGCUCUUUUUUAUUAUUUGCCUGUAAAACUUGGCGUUGCGUCAGAGUAUGAACAGGGCUUUUUUUUGUUGUUGUUGUCCUUCAUUGUAUGUUGUGUUAUAUUUGUUUCUGGGUUUGGAUUUGAUGCGGGGGGAAUAUUACCAAGGGAUGGGGAGGAUGAAAUGAGAUGCAAAGAGUCACAAGUAUCAGUGGUAUUACCCUGAACCUUCUUUAUGGAUGUUUUUAGUGAAAUAGUGAAAAUGAAUUCAGUUUAGUUGAAUUUGAAAUCCCCUUUUGUCCUUUGGAUUGUCUGUUGGGAAAGAAACUUUUUAUUAAUCUUGUAUUAUUUCAUAAGUUGGAUGUGUUAAAAUUCUGUUUCAGAAAAAAAAGCAAUUUAAAAAAAGUAGCUAUUAUAAAAGUACUAUUGAUCAUGUUUUAUUAUUAUUAUUAUUAUUAUUAUUAUUAUUACAGAAAGGAGCUUAUCUUACUGUCUUUCACACUGAGCAGUGAAAACUUCCACCAAGUUUGAACAUUUUCUCUCGUUUAGAGCACAAACACUGGGAUUGAGUUUGUAAUUAAUGCCCUGUUUCCUAUUGCAAUCUGGAGCAGCCUCUCCCAGUGUGGAAGGAAGUUUGAGUGUUGCAACAGGAAGUUAACAGAUUUAGCAGGCAAUACAUAACUAAUAGUGGUUGCAGUGGUCCUGCCAAGAUUGAGUGACCAUGUUGGCACCAACGACAUGUUUUACACAAAGGCAGGCGAAGGCCAGGCCAAUGGAGAUCGAGAGUUCAGGGUAACUACGUUUUGAGGGGUAAAGGUUCAGGGUGGUAUCAUUCAGACAAGCCUUAAUGAUACAGACUUUUGCAACAUUUCAACCGGCGACACCGAGUCGGGUUUGUAGCAUUUACUCAAGCGAAACCUUGUCAUCGAUCAUUUAAUGUCAGGGUCUUAAAUUACACAUAAACUCCAACAUACAUGACGAUCAGAUCCAGUCAGAGGGUGUUUUCUUCCAUACGUUAUAUGUGAUCUGUAUCACAAAGAAAACCAUGGAGAGGAUCUCCUUGUCAAGGCAGUUUUCUCAAUAACAGUUAAAAUAUAUCUAGCGUUUGAGGAAAAUUUACAAUUACGAUAUGUGGGUACUUUUGACUUUGACUGUUCAGUUUAAAAAAAAAAAAUCACACGGAGAAUUAAGUGUUUGUUGUGUUUUGGUGUUUCUGUAUGUGAACGGUUGCGGCUAUUUUAGAGUUUUUUUGUAUGAUUUGUGACCCUGACACUAGUCGAAUGUAUAUUAUAGCGUGCUAUCAACUUUAUUACCGACAAACCAACUCUGUUACACAAUAAUGGAUCAUUUUACAGCAUGCAUGACUUUGUAAAUGCAGAGUUAAAAGGUCAGCGGUAUAAAGUGAAAAUGGAUUGUUUUACCAUGUUUUGGACACAGAUGAGGAAAGUCAGAAUAUCAACUUGGACCUGAAUAUAUAUUUUUGUUUUUGUGUUUUUGUUGAAAAUACUCAAUGCAGAAUUUAUUUUUUUUUAACCAUUUGAAGCCAACAGAUGAUAAAUGAAGUUGAACUCUUUGUAUACUUUUAUAUUUCUAAGCUAGAAGGAUCAAGACGUUUUAACCAAACUCUCAAAGACUGCAUGCUAACAAGGAAAGUGUUUAAUGGAUAAAUUGCGGCUCCAGUUUAAGAAAAAUGUGGCACAAAAGCAAAUUAAACAGCAGGGAGUCACAUUCUCUGCUCCUGAAGGUUGAAUUCCCAACAGCUGAAACAUGUUGCCUUAAUUUUUUUUUUAGAGAUGGCAAAUUAAAAACAUGAUGGACCAAUUGACUGUCAUUAAAAGGCAGGGGAGUUUUUAUUUUUGUUUGCCUUUACAUUGGGAUUGUUGUUUUUAUAAAAUUGGAAACAUUUAUGUUGGAACUUAUAAAACACUGAAAUGUUUUAGUUAAAUUCAUUACACCAUCCUAAUCCCAGAGACCAGCAAGCAUACUUGACUAAAUGGAAGAAUGUGGUAGGUACUAUUUUACAUACCAAGGCAAAACUGAAAUUAUAAUUUAAAUAUAAUUUCCUUAUUGGAAUUGAAACCUCCCUGUAGUCUUUUUUAUUUUUUUUUGGCCUGACCACUGGUCCUGUUUGCAUUUGUUUCUUUGAAUAUGAACAUUCUUCUGUUGGACUACAAAGGAUCUUUUUCUCAAGUUUUUAAUAGUUAAAAUCAAAUGAACACAUUUACCUCUAUAUGCCAAAUUCCCUUUAUAUGUCACAGUUUCAGUUUUAAUAUAACUCUGUUUAUGUAAGUUUUCAUAUUUGCUUAAACAAUAUAUGUUGUAUGGGUUUUCAGUGAUUUAU